CCGGCACCGAUCGCUGUCAGCCUGGUCGCCCACUCAUCCAGCUGCUUGAAGCCAUGGCCUUUAACUACUAUCAACGCACAUGGUGUGGAUCUGCUGCCGCUACUACUAAUUAUGAUGAAAUCGAAGCAUGUGCUGUUGUCGUUUCAACAUUAAGGAAGAAACGGCGCUGGGGAGGCUCUGUUGUUGGCCACAAGACAAAAAAUCGUGACCGUAUUGGUGGUAACAUUCAAUUGAACAAUGAUUAUUUUAUUGAGAGGCCAUUAUUCAAUGCCGAGGAAUUCCGCAGAAGGUUCCGUAUGCGGCAAUCCCUUUUCUUGGAGAUUGAAGACAAAUUGGCAGCUGCAAGUAAGUUCUUCAGACAAGAAAGAAAUGCAGCUGGUGUGUUGGGAUUCUCCACUAGACAAAAGUGCACUGUGGGUUUACGGAUGUUGGCUUAUGGAGGGCCAGCAGAUGCACUAGAUGAAGGUUUGCGUAUGGGAGAAAGCACCGUCCUUAAAACUGUAAAGGAGUUUGCUAAAGAAAUAAUCAAAGUGUUUGGACCUAAAUAUCUUAGGCCUCCUACAGAAACUGAGUUGAAAAAAAUUUUAUUAGAAAAUAAGGCACGUGGCUUUCCUGGCAUGAUGGGAUCUCACAACGACAUCAAUGUGCUGCGCCGCUCUCCUAUUUUUGAUGAUUUGGCAAAUGGCAAAACACCACCUGUUAACUUUGAUGUCAAUGGUAACACUUACACCCUUGGGUACUACCUGACUGACGGGAUUUAUCCUGAUUGGGCGACCUUAGUGAAAAGCAUAAGUUGUGUAAAGAGUAACAAGCAGUCGGUGUUUGCAUCACAGCAGGAAAAAUGCCGCAAAGACAUAGAGAGAUUUUUUGGAGUACUUGUAGCCAAGUGGAAGAUUUUGCAUAAUGCUGCUCGUUUGUGGAGUCAGCGUGACCUCAACACCAUUGUGCUGGCCUGUGUCAUCCUACACAAUAUGGUGGUGGAGGAUGAACGUGGAGUUGAUCUUCCAAGCGUGCACGUGUCAGAGUGGCCAGGUGCAGCUAACCCUCCAAUAACUACAAGCAGAUCAAUGCCUACAAUUGAGGAGGUCAAUGAAGCUUAUUCUUUGAUCGAAGAGAAAUCCACUGCCCAGCAACUAAAAAAAGAUCUUAUUGAACAUAUGUGGGAAUUGUAUGGGUCGAAGUCUGGACCAUUUGCCAAAGAGUCAGUACAUCUGAACUAA